AUGCCUAGCGAGACAAAUCGUUUGUCAGUGCGAGGUCCUUCGAUGCCACUACGUGUCCAGCUGGGGGCGUCUGUGACGUUGCCCUGCUCUGUGGAUACCCCAAUACCUCUGCGUGAGCUGGAGGUGCUGUGGACGAGGGAAGAUUCUGGAAGCCUGGUGCAUCUGUUCCUGGGAGGAAAGAUCCGGACAGAAUCACAGAGCCCAGCGUACAGCGGCAGGGCCGAGUUUUUCACUGAAGAAAUCUCCAAAGGAAACUUCUCUCUGCUGCUUCGGAAUGUAACCACCGAAGACAGAGGGAUGUACAAGUGUGUAAUUCACACUGAACAAGAGUCUAGUGAAACAAAUGUGACAAUAGAUUCUGAACGGCUGGUGGUGACUGGUGCAGACGUGCCCGUAUUUGCAUAUGCUGGUGAAGAUGUGAUUCUGAACUGCUCAGUGGACACCCAUGUUCCUCUCGGAGAGUUAGAAGUAGAGUGGAUGAAGACAAAUGAAGAAAUCCUGGUGCUGCUGUUUAUGGAGGGGCGGUACAGACCGGAGUCACAGCCUGAGAGAUUCAGAGGGCGUGCUGAGUUCUUCAGUGAGGAGAUUCCCAAAGGCAACUUCUCAAUGAAACUGAGGGAUAUAAAAACUGAAGACAGAGGGGAAUUCAUCUCAGGAGCCACCACUGUCUUUAGCAAGGCUUCCAACGGCGGGGGGGGGGGGGGGGAUGUCCGCCUCAGAGCCUGUCCAUCCAGACACAGCCAGAGGGACCUGAAGGACUGCAACUCCCAGCAUGCACUGAGGCCUGUCAGACCCGUGCCUGAAGAUCAGCAGCUCCCAGCAUGCACUGAGGUUUUUCCGUGCGAGGUCCUGCGAUGCCACUACGUGUCCAGCUGGGAGCGUCUGUGA